CUAGAUGUAAAACCCGUGUAAAAACACGGGUAGUUGUAUACUUUCUUAGUCAACCACCUCACAUUGUCUUCUUCACCACCCUCCAUUCAAAAUGGCAGACUUUGUAGACAGAAAUCUGUCCACAGAGGAAAUUAUAAAAAUGGCAGCGGAGAUGUUUAUAACGUUUUCGACCCAGGAAAUCGAUGGGUGCACUGUGUUAACACACCCGUAUGGAUAUUCUGCGUUUACGAGCUUAACGAUAGAUGAGAUGAGAGAAGUGGAUCUUGUUUUCCAGCUCUUGAUCGCGGCCGAAAAAGUUGGUUGGAAACAGUUUGAAACCGCCAGCAAAUUCUUGACUCGGUGUGGAUGGGUGGCAUCAGACUGCGGCACUGCGGUGGAACGGCUGGUAUAUUAUUUAUGUGAAGCUUUACAGAAAAGAAUCGAAAACGAAACAGGGAUACCUGGUCCUGUGAAACUAGAAAAACUGGAGGGUCUAAAGAACGAAAAUCCUCUGGCAAUGGGAACGAAUUUAACAUUCUUGGCAUGUCACCAAGCCCUUCCAUUUAGUCAACUUUUGCAAUUAUGUGGCAUACAAGCGAUCAUUGACCAAAUAGGGACAUCAAGCAAGGUCCACUUAAUCGACAUCCACAUUCGAAGCGGUGUACAAUGGACGGCUAUGAUGCAAGCAUUAGUCGAACGAAAAUCACCAAUCACGCUUCUAAAACUAACCGCGGUUGCAACAUUCUCGGAUGUCCAAAAGGUAGUGGAAACUGGAAAAAGGUUGGAGAGUUUCGCAAAAGGUUUGAGGCUGCCCUUCUUGUUUAAAGUUCUCAUGUUGUCCGACAUCACGGAGGUCAAACAAGAACAAUUCGAGGUUCGACAUGGUGAAGUCGUUGCGGUCUAUUGUCAAACUAUUCUAAGAACGAUGGUCUCGAGGCCCCAAAGAUUGGAGAAUUUGAUGAGAUCAAUCCAAAAGAUAAACCCUUUGGUUAUUGUUGUGGGUGAGGUUGAAGCCAAUCAUAAUUCAAAUUCUUUUGUGAACCGGUUUACUGAGGCAUUGUUCUUUUAUGGUGCCCUUUUCGAUUGCUUGGAAGCGUGUAUGAGCCGAGAUGACCCUCAUAGAGCUAUAGUGGAAGGUGUCCAUAUCGCUGACGGGUUACAAAACCUUGUGGCAGCUGAGGGAGAUGAACGAACUAAUAGGAGCGUAUAUCUCAACACUUGGAGGAUAUUUUUCACGAGGUUUGGGAUGGUAGAGAUCGAGUUAAGUGAUUUGUGCGUGGUUCAAGCUAACCUCUUGUUGCAACAAUUUUCGUGUGCGAGUUCUUGCACGCUUGAGAAUAAUGGAAAGUGUUUGGUUGUCGGGUGGAAAGGAACUCCAUUGCAUUCUCUUUCAACGUGGAGAUUUGUUCAGGAAAGAUGACCACGAAAACGUGUUUGUCGAUUAAAGCCAUGUGAAGAUUCUUGCUCUAAACAUGUGACAUGAAAAUAAAAUGAUUUAGGACGUUCAAAGUUUUUAAACAUUUGUUUAUGAUGUGAAGAAUUUCUAUUGGUUUGAUGGUCUUUCUGACGUAUUUGACUUAUUUGAUUCUUUCAA